GCCCAAUGCGAGGGAGACGAGAUUAUGUAAAUGAGUGGAUUCUGGCUGAGCUAUCCUAUUGGCUAUCGGGACAAAAUUUGCUGGAGCCAAUCAAAGCGCUCCGUGGACAAUCGCCGUUCUGUCUAUAAAAGGGUGAAGCGGCGGCGUUUUCGGUGACUUUUCCGGUCGCCAGGCAGGAGUUUCACUCGGUGACUACUAUCGCUGUCAUGUCUGGUCGUGGCAAGCAAGGAGGCAAGGCCCGCGCCAAGGCCAAGUCGCGCUCGUCCCGCGCCGGCCUCCAGUUCCCGGUAGGGCGAGUGCACCGCUUGCUGCGCAAAGGCAACUACGCGGAGCGGGUGGGGGCCGGCGCGCCAGUCUACAUGGCGGCGGUCCUCGAGUACCUGACCGCCGAGAUCCUGGAGCUGGCGGGCAACGCGGCUCGGGACAACAAGAAGACGCGCAUCAUCCCUCGUCACCUCCAGCUGGCCAUCCGCAACGACGAGGAACUGAACAAGCUGCUGGGCAAAGUCACCAUCGCCCAGGGCGGCGUCCUGCCUAACAUCCAGGCCGUGCUGCUCCCUAAGAAGACGGAGAGUCACCACAAGGCAAAGGGCAAGUGAGGCUGACGUCCGGCCCAAGUGGGCCCAGCCCGGCCCGCGUCUCGAAGGGGCACCUGUGAACUCAAAAGGCUCUUUUCAGAGCCACCCACGUUUUCAAAUAAAAGAGUUGCUAAUGCCGGCUUCUCUCAGUCCAGCGUUUCUCA